GCACGGCGGGCGGCAGCUCGUUGAGCGCGUAGCUCAGAACAGAGUGAAUAUGCAGACAGACGGAGACGUUUCUUGUUUAAAAUCUGACUUGCUGAAGCCCCCUGGAACAUUUUGUGUGCUCGUUGGUGUUACAGGAAGCGUCGCAGCUUUAAAACUGCCUCUGCUGGUGUCACAGCUUCUUCAGCUCCCCGGGGUGGACGUGAGAGUGGUCACCACAGAGCAUGCCAAGCACUUCUACAACCCCGCAGAGAUAUCAGUCAAAAUCUACAGUGACAAAGACGAGUGGGAGCUGUGGACUCAGAGAUCAGACCCUGUGCUGCACAUUGAACUGAGACGGUGGGCAGACUUAUUUGUCAUCGCCCCUCUUGAUGCCAACACUCUGGGAAAGAUUGCUAGUGGCAUUUGUGACAAUUUAUUGACGUGUGUGGUGAGAGCCUGGGAUACCAGUCGACCUCUCCUCUUUUGCCCCGCCAUGAAUACUGCUAUGUGGCUGCAUCCUAUUACAGCCCAGCAGGUGUCCAGGCUCAAGGAGUUUGGAUAUGUGGAAAUACCCUGUAUCGCUAAGAAGCUAGUGUGUGGAGAUGAAGGUAAAGGUGCCAUGGCAGAAGUGUCGACUAUUGUCGGCGUUGUCGAGCAGUACCUUCAGAAACCAGAAGAGUCGUGUGAGGAAACAUGACUGGCGUCAUGCUUGAAAUUCCAGCUGACACCGAUAACCAAUAAAAAAUCAACACGGUGACGACUCUCUCUUCAAGCUGUUAUCUGCUUUUCCGGUUAAAACACGCCCGUGGAAAACGGUUGCUCAUUUUACGUGAUAAGUGUUAUUAGGAGCGCAUGUGUGUGAUGACUAUCAUUUCCCAGCAUUGUCAUCUUUGUUUGUUCACAGCACAAAGACUUGAACAACCCCAAAUAAAUUUGAAACACUUCAACCACUAUUAUGAACAGCCUAUUGUUUGGUCGUUAAUGAUAUAUUCAGUGUGCUGUGUGUAUGUGAUUGUGUUUUAAAUCUCAUAAUGGUUGAUCGUCUAUUCACCUUAAUGGCCAGUGUGCAUAUGAGGUUAAAUUUGACACACCUCAUUAUUCUUCAUCGUUCCACCUUGAUAUGUGAGAAUCUUGAGUUGUGGUUUGAUCUGGGAUGUUUUAUCCUGUCACUUUACCACUGAUUGCCUACAGCUCUUAAUCCUGUGCAGAGCCAAUCUCAGUUUACUGUGCAGGACACACCGGGAUGCCAGUCCAUCACAGGCUUCCUGACGCUGUCACAACGUAUUGCCAAGUCAGCUUUAGGGGCUCGUAUCAUGUAAAUCCCAGCCCAAAGGCAUAAACCUGACUUCUCAUAAAAUUCUGGGCAAUUUGAACAAAUUGCUAUUUGGGUAAUCAGUUAAAGAUAUAGUGGACGAUUUUCUCGAAAGAGUCGAAGCCAAACGUUUGUUACUCGCUUUUUGAAAAACGCGCAUGC